GGCCGGCACGAAAAUGCUCUGCUCAUGUUCUAUCAGAUGUUGGUUUUGGAUGUUGGCUGCGAUAAAUUCACGUAUACUUUCAUUGCAAAGGCGUGUUCGCAGAUGAAUUCAAUAGAAGAAGGUGCAGCGAUGCGGUUGCGGCCCGCCGAGUCUUUGAUCAGAUGGGAAUGAAGAAUUUGGUGUCAUGGAAUGCGAUGAUUGAUGGGUACAUCAAAAUUGGGGAGAUUGAGAGUGCAUGCCGGAUUUUCGAAGAAAUGCCGGAGAGAGAUGUGGCUUCGGGGAACUCAAUGAUUGACGGGUAUGCCAAGUCUGGUGAGAUUGAAUUGGCGAGGUCCUUCUUCAAUCGGAUGGAAGAGAGAGAUGUAGUGAGUUGGAACUCGAUGAUUGAUGGGUAUGCCAAGUGUGGCCGGGUCGAUGAAGCGAAGGAUUUGUUCGAUUCGAUGGGCUGCAGGGAUUUGGUAUCCUGGAAUUCCUUGAUCACGGGUCUUGCCCGAAAUGGACGGUCGAAGGAAGCAUUGGAUGUUUUCGAUGCAAUGCUGAUGGAACGAAAUGUUAGAGCGGAUGAGACUACAAUGGUGGGAGUGCUUUCUGCAGUUUCAGAUCUUGGGUUGCUCAAGAAAGGCAGAUGGCUGUCAAAUCUCAUUAGUAAGAACAAGUUCGAAUUGGGUGGACCUCUCGGCACUGCUCUCAUCAACAUGUAUUCAAAUUGUGGGAGCAUUUACAGCGCAAUUCACGUGUUCAGAUCAAUAAAACACAAAACGGUCGAGCAUUGGACAGCCACGAUCAUGGGUCUGGCAGUCCAUGGUUUGGGCCAUGAAGCUCUCGAUCUCUUUGUGGAGAUGCAGAGAUUAGAGAUGAGACCGAAUGAUAUUACCUUCAUUGGUGUUCUAACUGCCUGUAGCCACGCCGGCCUCGUAAAGGAUGGUCUCAUAUAUUUCGAGCUCAUGAAGAAAAAAUACAAGAUGACGCCGAAAGUGCAGCAUUUUGGGUGUUUGGUCGAUCUCCUGAGCAGGGCAGGACAUCUAGAUGCCGCGAAAGAUGUGAUAGACAAGAUGCCAAUUGAUCCAAAUGAAGUUAUUUGGCUAACAUUGCUUAGUGGUGGUAGAAGCCACGGAAAUGUCACUGUCGCUGAAAUCGCAGCCCGCCAGCUGAUAGAAAUGGGAAGUACAGCUGAUGGGCUCUUCAUUCUGUUAUCAAACACCUACGCUUCGGCUGGGAAAUGGGAAGAAGUGGCCAAAGUGAGGGAGAUGAUGAAGAGAGAUGGUAUCCGGAAGGUGCCCGGCCGUAGCUGGGUCGAAUCUAAUGGUGUAGUUCAUGAGUUUCUCGCAGAAGAUGAUCGGCAUCCGAUGCGUUUUGAGAUCUAUGCGAAGAUUGAUGAGAUGAUGGAGAGGUUAAAGACGGAAGGAUAUAGGCCAGACAUGAAACAAGUGCUGUUGGAUGUCAAAGAGGAGGAGAAAGAGAGAGCUCUUUGGCACCACAGCGAGAGAUUAGCCACAGCAUUUGGGCUUCUUAGCUUAGAGCAGGGGACACCGAUUAGAAUCAUGAAGAACUUGCGCAUUUGCAUUGAUUGCCAUUCAGCAAUGAAGGUGAUUUCGAAGAUCUAUGGCCGCAAAAUCGUCGUGCGGGAUAAGAAUCGGUUCCACCAUUUUAUGGACGGGUUGUGUUCUUGUGGGGAUUAUUGGUGAAUUUGAGCUCGAUUUCCUAGUCUUGCUAUUGCUUUGGGCUUCUUAACUUAAGAGCAGGGGACAUCGAUCAGAAUCAUGAAGAACUUGCGCACUUGCGUUGAUUGUCAAUUGGCAACCAAGGAAAUUUCAAAGAUCUACAGCCGUGAAAUCAUCGCAAGGGACAAGAAUCGGUUCCACCAUUUCAAGGACGGGUAUUGUUCAUGGAGAUUAUUGGUGAAUUCGAGCUCGAUUUCAUAGUCUUCUUGUGUCAAAAGACAAGAAAAUGGCUUGAUUAAGAAUGCAGUAUUGCUGAUUACAGCCAUGAGCUGAACACAGAGGCGGGCCAUGCACUUUGAGAUCAUGAUCAACACAAUCAAAGACAAGGAUGGAUUGGGGUUGUUUUCUUCUCCCAACUUCGGACAUGUACGCUAGCAUCCGGAUACAGCAAUGAAUUAGAUUACAAAAACAAUUGAGUUAAAUAGAGACGCGAAUCACCAGAUUGCAAUUC